AAAGAAAAAGAAAAAAAAAUCCUUCCACCUCCAGCUCCUUCCGCAGAUCUUACUUGGUUUUGAAACCUUGAAACAAUACUCAAACUUGGUUGAGCGAGCUCAAAGUUUUGCAAUCAUGUUUCCCACCAGAGACAUACCUUCACCAUCAUCGCUAUUUUUAGCCUAUGCUUCCAUGGCCGCUUCAAUGAUGCUUGUCCGCUCAAUGGCCAACGAAAUCAUUCCCCAACCGGUUCGUGGCUUCCUUCUCUCCACCCUCAGAUACUAUUUCAAGCCUCAUUCUCCUAGACUUACCCUAGUCAUCGAAGAGAACUGUGGCAUGUCCCGGAACCAGGUCUACGAUGCUGUAGAGGUUUACCUCUGCACCAAGAUCAGACCCAACACCGAGAGGCUCAAGAUCAGCAAAAGCCCCAAGGAAAAUAAUCUUAUGAUCCGGCUCGAGAAGGGAGAGAGGCUGAUUGAUUUCUACGAUGGGGUUGAGCUUAAUUGGAGAAUUGUUUGUGCCGAGUAAGAAAAAAAAAGCAACCCCAACGAUUCUCAACCGAGAUCUGAAAAGAGCUUCUUUGAGCUGAGUUUUCUCAAGAAACACAAGGAACAGAUCUUGAACACGUACGUGCCAUUUGUCCUUGAGAGAGCUAAGGCCAUUAAAGAUGAGGAGAGGGUCUUGAAGAUGUACACACUAAAUGGUUCCUACGCCUUUCAUGGAGUCAAGUGGGAGUCCAUUAAUCUGGAGCACCCGGAUACGUUUGAGACGCUAGCCAUGGACCCAGAACUGAAACAUUCUGUUAUGGAGGACCUAAACAGGUUUGUGAAGAGGAAAGAGUUUUAUAAGAGAGUAGGGAGGACAUGGAAACGAGGGUACUUGUUGUAUGGACCUCCAGGCUGAGAGCUUCUUUUUCAACUCUCUCGGCUUACCGCCCAGCCUCAACCAGUGAGGGAGGGGUGAAAAGAGAGAGAGGGGCUGUGAGGUGGUGUCGGCUUGAAGAAGAAAAAGUCUCCUUCCUCUGUAUUCUGUGAAUUCCGAGCAUCAUACUCCAAAGCAAGCCUGUCGCAGCUUUACCACUGUACACUGACUCACUUGGCCAUUUUCUUUGGCCACCAACCACACUCUUCAAGGCAGCCACGUUGAGUAAGAUGAGCUACAGAGUCUCGAUAACCAUUUAAAAUAUUUUCGUGGGCUGCUCCUUGACACAUUUGACACGCGUUGAGCUCUCAUAGAAUGGACUCUGGAAUUCUGUGGCUAAAGCCGACAUCGGUUGAAGUAUUACUCUAAUCUGAAGUCGACAUGGAAAUUAUACAAUGAUCUAUUUUAGUUUUCUUUACAAAAGUCAAAAGGUGUGGGCUUGUCAGCAGUAUUUGAUGAAAAAAAAGAAAAAAAAGUGAGAAACGUCUCUU